AGUUUUCUUUCGAACGGCGAGGCGUUUGGACGCGCACGCGGAUUACCAGUUGGGAAAAUAUAUCGAAACGGUGUCUCGAAACUCACCCACGCCGGGAGCUUCUUUGACUUCUGGCAGCUGCCGCCAAAAUACAAAAAAUACAUAUCGAAUAAAAACAAAGUAGUUUUUAUUCGAGGCAUCCGCGCGACGCGCACUUUUCGAACCCAUAGAGUCUAACAUGAGCAACUGAGUCCCAACGAAACUAAGAGAAAAUCGACGAGGAAGAACGAAACCCCCGAAAGGUGGCUUAAUUACUGAGAUUUUAUAUAGAUAGCUUGUAGUAACCGAAAUCGAGAAAAUGGGUUUUAUUGCGGAGCGAAAGCCGCGUGUCAACAAGACGUUGAUCUCGCUCAAGUUUGUUGUGUUCUUCGUAAUAACCGGUCUUACAGCUUUGCAUGUUUUGCAUGCCACCAAGCCACUAUUGCUGGGUCUAAACUUCUCGGAAUACCGGACCAUUACUAUUUUGGCGCCAUUCGUCUCCAUUUUGGGUCCUUUGAUCGCUGGUCCCUGGGCUGAUCGAUUGGCAGCCAAGAACCCCAAUACUUUUGGAAAGACUCUACGAGUGCUAACUGCCGUCUUCUUGCUGAUCUCGGCCUUCAUAUAUGCCUUUCUCUUUGCCGUGCCGGAAGUUACCCGAAGGGGAGAGAUACGUGAGCCGCUGGUCAGCUUUGGCUGCGAUGAAACUGGAGGAUUCUUGUUCCAGGAGCGCUGUGGCUCGAACGCCACUUGCAGCAGGUGGGAUCAGAAGGAGGGCAAAAUCAACCUGACACGUUGCACCUACAGCUGCCAGAAUCCCAAGCUCUAUGAGCCCCUCUAUGUGGCUUGGUUGGCUGAGGUUCCCACGGUGGCUCCUUCAACCGAGCAGAGUUCGGAGUUCGAUUACGAAGAUGAGGGCAGUACUGCGGUGACCGAAAGUUUGCGCACCAGAAGGGACGUGGAGAACUCGGAUUCGGCAGAUAGUGCUGGUGUGGAGGCCAUUAGUGGUGAGGUUCCUCUUCACCGGUCCAUCAGACAGGUCAAGAAACCACCCACCAAGGUGUAUGUCCAGCCGCCUCAUGUCUGUCUAACCGAAAGAAACCAGAACGGCGAGGAUGUCGUGAAGCACUGCCACGCCUACACUGAGGACACCACUAGUGUGGUGAUGGAUGCCCUCAUGGGCUCAGCGAUCAGUCAGGAGGAGCACUACGAUGACUACGAAGGAUGGUGCCAGUACCCACUUGAGGGUUUCCAGUGCCACAUUCCCGAGGAGCAGGUGAAUUACAUGAAGGACUUCAAGCACUACAAGCAGAAUGACAGCAACUGCAAGCCCAUGAUCGAAUGCCAAGUGGUGAAUCCCUAUCAUGAAAAGAGUGUGCUUUCGGACAGCGAGUGUACUAAUACCACCGGUAGUGUUCAGGAUACCCUCGUUGGCUAUACGACUAUUCGCCUGAUUGGAGACAUUUUCCCCAUGGCUGCACUGACUCUUUUGAACACGGCAAUCGUGAUCGCAGUUCGUGAGACCUCCGAGGGAAGAGGAGAGGUGUGCCGCCAGUAUGUUUGGGGCGCCAUUGGCUAUGUAGUGCUCUUCUCGCCGCUGGAUCUGCUCUUCUUCCAGAACGAACCCAACCAUGAUGCUGCCCUUGUUGCUCUUAUUAUAUUUAUCGUAAGCUUUGUUUUGGGUGCUGUGGUGCUGCUCUGUGCCACACAAAUGCCACUGAGUCCGCCGGAGUGGUGGUGGCACACCAAGACCGGAAUGCUGGUGGUACCCAUGUCUGCCAUCCGUCGCUAUACUCCCGAGAUUUUGGUGCUCACACUGGUGUCCAUUCUUUUUGGCACCUUCUGGAGCAGCAUUCAUAGCUACCUGCGGUGGACUUUCACUGAUGUCAAUGCCGUCUGCUAUUCAGGCUUGAUCCUCAUCCUGGUUCUUUUCUUCAAUGUGGACAAGUUUAUUGAGUACUGUGGGCACUCGAAUAUCUUCAUCGGUGGCUUGGCCAUCUUUGUCAUUAGGUUUACGGCUUUGAGUGAUGCCCAAACCCAGUGGCUGACUGUCAUCAUGGAGACCAUCGAGCCGGCUGUAAUUGGUCUGAUUUGGAUUACUAUUAUCCUAUAUAUGCGUCAUGCCAUGCCAAGGAAAUUGACUGCAACUGGACAGGCCAUUGCUGUUUUGGCCUUCUUUGGAUUGGGCAAAGGCUUUGGUGCUCUGAUUGGAUUGGCUCGCGAUGAGAGUGAUCCGAAACUGGAGUUCUGGUCCUGCAGCUACCAAUGGCUGGCCAUUGUGGCCUGCGUUGUGGCUUUGGUCUAUUUUGGAAUCUAUAAUCUGAUCCUGGCCCCACGAUGCACCGCCAAGCCACAGCACUCUGAGGAGUUGAUUUCUGGAUCCGCAUCGCAGAACUUUGCUAAUACCGGAACCGGAAUCGGUGCUGGGAACGGAACCGGAAAUGGAAAUGGCGCUGGAGCGUCACUAAAUGGAAACGGAAACGGGAGCUAUUCGCCACUAAGGGUUUACCACAACGAGAGGGGGAAGAAGGGACAGUUUAGAUACUAAGAUAAUGUGCGAAGUCCAGAGACUAAUGAAUGUUUUACUCUUUGCAUGGAUCACUAAUGCUCCGCCUCUCUCAAAUCGAGGGCGAAUGAUAUUCUUAGUUUUUAAAUGUGUACACCACGCCUCGUCCUCAUCCACCUACCGCCCCCGCCCGCUUGAGGGCAACACUGCUAAUAGUUUGUAAUGCGUAUUUUUGCUAAGUGUAUACACCAGGAGGAUGAAAGCAAAGGAGUGGAGACGAUUAAAACAAAAAAUGAACUUUUUUUAUAAAUCGCAUGUAGAACUUAUUUUAUUUGUUAUUUAAUGCCAACUAAGCGAGUUUAUAAUUUUAAUUAAAUCGCAACGCGGAAGAUGACAAAGGCAAAAAAUAUCACCCAACCAAAACAUCAACUGCCCGAAUCUAAUUGCAAACAAUAGCCAUGGAUGCAGCAAAAGCAAUAACGACUUCCCCAAACAGCACGUCGUUCUCUUUACAACGUUACAAAAAUGAAGGCAUCAAUUUUUAAUGAAACAUUUGCGUGAUUUUACUAAGCAUAAUAUAUGAUGCACUAUGAGCAUAUAAAUGUAACAAUAAAACAGAAAAUGUAAUUAUACAAAAAUAUAA